AUGGCUCUGAUUCAGCUGGGCCUCCUCCGCUCGGCCCUGUGUCGCUCUCUGCUCCCCGCGGCGAGGUCUUCCUUGGCUGAGUGCGUGAGGCUGCCCUCUGCCGUGCCUCGCAGCUGCUGGCGCGAUGCGGUGCCCGUGGUCCCCCUCACCCGUCACUAUGCCAACAAAAAGAGUAAAGCCAAAGGGAAGGGGCAGCCGGGCAAAGUGAAGAUCAACACCGAGUUGGUGCAUGACAUCCUCAACCUGGAGGAGGUGAAGGAGAGCAUGGCUGCCAUCCUGCUCAGCCUCAAGGAGGAGUACAGCCGAAAUCUGAGCCUGCGCACCUCCCCCGGUGCUCUGGAUCAUAUCGUGGUGACCACAGCGAAUGGCAAAGUCCCACUCAAGCAGCUGGGACAGAUCUCAGUGAAGUCUCCACAGCUUAUCAUAGUCAACAUGACCGGGUCCCCUGAGGUCACGGCGGUGGCUGCCCGCGCCCUGAGAGAGAGCAGCCUGAGGCUGAACCCAGAGGUGGACGGAACCAUCAUACGGGUGCCUAUUCCCAUGGUUACGCGUGAGCACCGGGAGAACCUCUGCAAGCUGGCCAAGGAGUUCAGCCAUAAGGCCAAGGAGUCGUUGAGAAAGGUGCGAUCAGGGGCCAUCAGCACACUGAAGAAAUCUAAGGAUGGAGUUUCAGAAGAUACCCUGCGCUUGAUAGAGCAGCACGUGCAGCAAAUGACAGACAGCUUCACUGCUGACAUAGACAAACAGCUCGCCGCCAAAACUAAGGAGCUUCUAGGAUGAGACGUCCUGGAGGAGUCGCCCUCAAAGGACCUGCCAACGGACCCCAACCCCCUGUCAUCAACCACAGAGCGGCUUUAAUUGUCAUACGUUGUCUGUUACUUUACUGUGGACUGGACAUCUUGUUGACAUGUGACCUUUGCAAAACGAAUAAAAGAGACACUAGCAUCUGUCGCUAAAUCGGAAUAUGGAAAAUCUGAGCCCACGGCGCUGAACGUGCCGCCCGGCGUCGACUGGCCUUGUCUGCCGACGCCCAUAGCCAGUUGGGCCCUUUGUGUGGCGCGUCUUCAAACAAACCGACAGAAAAUGGACUUUUAAUGGGACUUUGAGUCCUCCUUCUAAUCAAACUGCCGGCAUGAACAGCGUGUUUACGCACGAAAGCGCCACACUGAAUGUAAACUGUGGCAUGAGCGUCUCCUUCACAUGAUUACAGGUAUUAAUGUUUGGCCAACAUUUUGCUCCAAAAACGGCAUAAAACAGAUUUCGCGAGCUCGUUUCAUCUUGUUUUCCACCCGUUGCACCAUAUCUCCUCAAACCUACUAAUGUACACAGAAAAACGGCGACACCAUUCACCCAUGCUUUGAGCGUCUCACUUUGAGAGAGUUCUGGUUUUAGGUUUUUUUGUUUAAUUUUUUUUUUUUCCUCCAAGCUCGGCUCCCUUAAAUGAGAGCUGAUUGUGACCACACUGCAUCGAUCUCAUCUGUCAUAGUCUUUUACAUGCAGGCUUUAAGUGUCCCAAUCUGGAGUUUCUGACAGAUAUUUGCUAUGACGUGACCUGUUUUCCCCAAACAGAUCUGUUAACUCUUGCCGUCGAGUUAGUGGGUCUCUGUACCGUCUCUCUACUGCUGUUAAACACUUAAAGCAUCCUGUAAUAUUUUUGCCUUAAAUUGUCAGAAAUACCCCUUAAAAACUGUUUGAUGUGCUCAGUAGGUUUUCUGAGAUGCUGAGAUAUUUUCUGAGUGAUUUUUAAAAGGCACCGUUAUGAUGUUGAUUUAGCCUUCGAGAAACUCAACUGACUUGAAUGUUAUUCCUCUUGCUGUGUGGAUUUCAUGCAUUUGCCGACUGAAUAUAUCACACAGUUUGAGUAAAAAGGACACAAGUAAUGAUGA